AUGGGGAUUACAACGCAAGUAGGACGCGACCACGUGACCGUUACACGGACCGCCGAGACGCACCCAGGACGCGCCUUCGAUUCUCUUCAAUUUUCUUUUCUCCCCAUGAGCACUGAAAGGGUGCGUUCUGUCCAUCGAUCGAGGUUCCCUUCCUUUUCUUUGACAAAAUCGCGACGCGUUCCACCCCGUCCAUCAUCCACCUUCAUCGUAUACGUCGACAUGGCUCACGCGACAGUUGAACAUGCCUGUCAAUCGCAGACCAGACAAUGCUGA